GUGCAGAGCCCCAGUCAUGGCACCAUCCCUGUCCCCGUCCCCAUCCCUGUGGGUGGCCCUGGCCCUGCUGCUGGCCCUGGACCAGGAGGGCCACGCCACCAUCACAGGGUACCCGGGGCAGAUCUCCGUGGACAAUGGGGGGCCGUGGGGCGAGUGGGGCGAGCCUGAGUUCUGCCCCAAGGGCUCCUAUGCCACUGGCUUCCAGCUGAAGGUCGAGCCCCCCCAGGGCGUCUUUCAGGAUGACACGGCCCUGAACGGGAUCCGGCUGCUCUGCAACGAGAAGGGGACGGUCACCUCCAGCGAGGGGCUGUGAGUGCUAGGGAUGCGGGGUCCCCGUGGGGGGUG